GCGUGUUCUCCUUCGGCCUGCUGGCCACGGCCAUUUUCGCCAACGCGGGCCAGGUGGUCCUGGGGACCCCCGCCCCGCAUUUCCUGCCCGUGUGCCGCCCCCUGUACGUGACCCUGGCCUGGCGGGGAGGGGGCUCCCGCCUGGCCAAGCCCGCGGCCGUUUUGGGGUUCGCGGCCCCCCCGUUCCUGCUGGGGGCGCUGCGCGUGGCCGAGCACCGCAACAGCUGGGGAGGGGUCCUGGGGGGCUUCCUGUGCGGCACCGCCAUCGCCGCCUUCCUGGUCACGUGCGUGGUCGGAAACUUCCAGAACCAGGGGGGGGAUUUGGGGUGGGGGGGGACCCCCCGAGCCCCCCCCGAGCUGCCCCCCCAGAACCCCCAACCCCCCCUGGAGGAGAUCAGCGUCACCCAGGUGCGUCGGGCGGAGUUCCCAGCGGUGACCUGAGAGACCCCGAAAUCGGGAACCCCAAAAAUUGGGAUCCCAAAAAUUGGGCAAUUCUGAAAUUUGGGAUCCCAAAAAAAAAAAAAAAAAUGGGGGAGGCCAGAAAUUUGGGAUCCCAGAAUUCGAGGAAUUCUGGAAUUUGGGGGAGGUCAGAAAUUUGGGAUCCCAAAA